GGAGGAGGAGUGAAACAGACUUGCUCUGUACUGUUCAUGUUCUCGCACAGUGUUGUUCAGCGGCUCGUCAGAUCACAACGAGCUCUCUGACUUGUACCUGUGUGCAGCUCAUCUCACCUGGGGAAGGGUUUUUUUUAGUUUUAUUCCUGAACCUGGAAGCUGUUGCUCUACCUCUAAGGUGACAACAUGCUGAAGCAAGUCGUUUCGUUCAGCCGCUCCUUGGUGCGCAGGAAAGUGGUGGACAUGAACAGCUUGGAGGACUCCAAGCUGUGCCGCUGCCUGGGAACCGUAGACCUCAUUGCCCUGGGGGUGGGCAGCACCCUGGGGGCCGGGGUCUACGUGUUGGCCGGAGAGGUGGCCAAGGGAGACUCGGGCCCCAGCAUCGUCAUCUCCUUCCUCAUCGCCGCCCUGGCCUCCGUCAUGGCCGGCCUGUGCUACGCUGAGUUCGGGGCCCGCGUCCCCAAGACCGGCUCCGCUUAUCUCUACAGCUACGUGACGGUGGGGGAGAUCUAUGCCUUCAUUACUGGCUGGAACUUAAUCCUCUCUUACGUUAUUGGUACGUCCUCGGUUGCCAGAGCUUGGAGCGGCACGUUUGACGAGAUGACUGGCGGACACAUCGAGGUUUUCUGCAAAACCUACUUCAGCAUGAACUUUCCUGGCUUGGCUCCGUAUCCGGACUUCUUUGCCGUGUGCCUCAUUCUGCUGCUCUCUGGGCUCUUGUCUUUUGGAGUGAAGGAAUCAGCCUGGGUCAACAAGGUCUUCACUUCAAUCAACGUGCUCGUCCUCUUGUUUGUCAUCAUUUCUGGCUUCGUCAAAGGGGACACACACAACUGGAAGAUAACCGAAGAAUCUCUCGUCAAUAUCACGAUAGUCACAAGGAACUUGUCGGCAACGGCCAACGUGAGCAGUGACUAUGGCGUUGGCGGCUUCAUGCCCUACGGCUUCAGCGGGACGUUGGCCGGAGCUGCCACCUGCUUCUACGCUUUCGUCGGAUUUGACUGCAUCGCAACAACAGGAGAGGAGGUGAAGAACCCCCAGCGGGCCAUUCCCAUCGGCAUCGUGGUGUCACUGACUGUAUGCUUCCUGGCGUACUUCGGCGUCUCUGCUGCGCUCACUCUGAUGAUGCCCUAUCACCUGCUGGAUGAGAAAAGCCCCCUCCCCAUGGCCUUUGAAUAUGUGGGCUGGGGGCCUGCCAAAUAUGUGGUUGCUGUGGGUUCACUAUGUGCCCUGUCUACAAGUCUGCUGGGCUCCAUUUUCCCCAUGCCUCGUGUAAUCUAUGCUAUGGCAGAGGAUGGGGUGCUUUUCAAAGCCUUAGCCCGAAUCAAUCCUAAGACGAAGACCCCAGUUAUUGCCACUAUGAGCUCCGGUGUAGUUGCAGCCAUCAUGGCCUUCUUGUUCGACCUUAAGGCCCUGGUGGACAUGAUGUCUAUUGGAACUCUGCUGGCCUACACGCUGGUUGCCGUCUGCGUGCUCGUUCUCAGGUACCAGCCAGAUGGAGAUCUGGGGAGGCAGCCAGGGAAAGGUGAGAAGGACUGCUUAGCAUCUCAAGAGUCCGAACUGACAGAGUCAGAGUCCCACCUGAACAUGCUGAACGGUGGUAACUCCAUCCUUCAGACUGUCCUCCACCCUCCCCUCUUACCGUCUGAGAAGUCGUCUUCUGUGGUCAACAUGUCCAUCGGUGUCCUGGUGAUUACAGUGUGUGUCAUCAGCUAUCUCACCACCUACCACUUUAACUCAGUCGUUGGUUUGGAAGUGUGGAUGUUGGCGUUGCUGUCCGUGUGUCUCCUUGUCUUCAGCUCCUGCGUGUUCAUGGUCUGCAGGCAGCCGCAGACCACCAAGAAGGUCUCCUUCAUGGUACCCCUCCUGCCUUUCCUGCCAAUUCUGAGUAUAUUUGUUAAUGUUUACCUCAUGGUCCAGCUGAGUGGAGACACCUGGAUACGUUUCUCUGUCUGGAUGGCCGCAGGCUUCUUGAUCUACUUCGGCUAUGGUAUUUGGCACAGCGCCGAGCGACAGCGCCACCGCCAUGACGCGCACGGCAACGGCGGCGCAAACCAGCUGAGCAUGAAAGCCGUCCAGGACAAGCAGGUCGAGACAAACGAGGCGGGAAAGGAGCAGGAGCGCUUCAUCGGCCCGGACAAAACCAGCCAGUGUUAAAAGCUUACGGACUGUUUCACAGGCAGCAGAUGCAAAAAAAACAAAACAAAACAACAACAAAAAAAAAGGCACUCAGCGACUCAAGCCUCGACACACCCGUACGUAGCGGCUCCUUCGUGUGUACGAAUCUCACUACAGCACCUUCGGUCUGCUAAUGCAGUGUCAGUAUUCUGGUGAGGAGUUGCUCCGUCUCUGCGACCACAAAGACGUAGAUCCCAGAGCGCUCUCUGGACGGCAUGGAGGGGGGAAAAAAACAAAAACAAAAACAAAAACAGGACAGGUAACACACUGGAGAGCGAAUUCAGAUGAGGAAGCAGCCGUGGUAGGGCUGCGGCAAACACACACGGCCUCCUGAGGGACUGGAGGUUACGGUGUGUAAAGCACAUUUUUUUUUCCCGUGAUGUACAAACACUUGUGAGAAGCUCUUUUCAGUUUUUCUUUUCUGACUACGUGUUCUGUGUCUUCGACAGUUUGUGCUUGUAAUUAUGAAAAUGUCAGUAGGAAACCCUCGACACGCGUUGACCUGCAGUGGAUCUCAUAGUUGCUCGAACGACUGAAAGGCUGGAUUGUUUUUAAUGGCAAUGUCCAGACUUUUUUAACCAACGUUGCGGUGAUAUUUCCUGCAUAGUUCCAGCAAAAGACGAAUCUGUUGGGAAGGAAGAUAACUGUGUGCGCAGCCGGAGUGAAGCUGGCAGCACGUUUUGUUUGAAAGGCACCAAGAUUAAUUGUAAAAUUAGGCACGACGUGUAUAUAAGUACAAUCACAACGAGAGAAUACAGUGGUAAGAAGAAUCGCACAAUAACACAAUGCUAAAAUAAUAAGCAAGAAUAAAAACAACAAGGAAGACAAAUCAGCAUCUCAAGUGGUGUCAAAGGUCAGACCAAAGAGACGGGUUGUAAGAAGUGACAGAAAACCACAGAGGAAGAAGAGGGCGGUCUGAUCAUAAAAUCUCAAAUUGUACAGUUGCAUUAAAGGGUGAGAAAAGUUUUGAAAUGAUUGAUCUGCAUCUGAUUUUUUUUUUUUUGGAUCACUGCACACUCUGGAGAGCCACUGUAUGUGCAAAGUGUCAAUUAGCCGAGUCAUGACUGACUGUAGCGGAGGUAGUGCGGGAAAACAUUAAUCCUUGAGAGUAUUCAGUUUAAAUCUUCCCUGUAGUAACUAAAGUCUCUGUAGCUGUGGUUUUAUUAAGCACAGGUUGGCUGGGUUUAUUAUUAUUAUUGUUGUUGCUUCAGUUUGUGUCGACUAUGAACUGUUAUGAUCAGAAAAGGAGUGUGACGUGAAGGUUUUAUGAAAAUGUGUGGUUUUGUUUCAUGCUAUCCCACUACGACAUGCUGUAUUCUUCUUCCAGGCUGAUAUUUUGUGCUAUUUUAUACAACCUAGAGUAGUAGGUGAAUGAAAAUAUUAUCUUCAUUUUCAGUCUGUUAUUACAGCCGAACUCUCGUCAUAACGGCCUUAAAGCUUUUCUCUGGGAUGAAGAGGAAGGUUUGUUAGAUUUAAUGUUGUUGUGUUUUUUUUUCUGCUCUUUUUAACGCCUUCUGUUGUGGUGAGGCAGGUUUAGCUGAUGAUAAUGUGCAACAGCUUACCUGCGCUGUCAGUAUUUUUUAAUUUUUAUGUUGACGAAAUACAAAAUUAAAGAAGAGGUGAAACACACUGAA